GAUCGAUAUUUCCGCGGUCACACUGGUGUUUGGAAAUGUUCGAUAUUUGUGUUAAAAAAUAAAACCCAACUAAGAAAAACCAUGUAUGAAAGCGUUAAUUGAACAGUGCUAAAGCCAGUGACUGCAUGCAUAUCGACGCGUAAACGAUCCCCAAAAGUGCAUAGGCGCCUGCGAAGGCCAACACACACACACUUUGUGCUCCUAUGCAGCUCCACAAGAAGGAAACCAAAGAUUUCCGUGCUAUGAAGAUGUGUCUAUACUACAGAGUAACUGUGUGAAGUGGUGUGCGUGAGUGCGUGAGAGUUCUUGAGUGUAGGUGUGUAGUCAGUGGGUGUGUUGGUGCGUGUGUGUGUGAGAGCGACCCAGCCAGGCUACUAUGGCAGUGCGGGCAUCUGCGUGUGUGUGUGUGUAGCACACUGAAAGAAUCAAUAAAGGAUGUGCUGUAGAUUUCAUUGCUGGCAGAGCGAAAAAGGACAAAACAACGGCCGAAUAGUGGUAGUAGGGACAACAACGAAAAGUGUUCGAUAAUUGGCAAGAACAGCACCCUCCCAUCCCCCCUUUGUCCGGGAGUAGAAUAUACCAAAAAGAAAUAAAAGAAACGAAACAUUUUUUUCUCCACCAAUCAACACUUGUAACGGUAAUACAAAAAAACGAACAACAAAAAAAACAAUCGUGAAUGGCCGUAGGGGCUGUGGCGUGGUAGAAAAAUCAAAUAAAAUAUAUCCCUAAACAUUUCGAGUACCGUCCGAUCGACCGGGUGUAUACUAAACAAAAAUAACAGUACUCACAUUGCAAGUAACGGUAUCUAUCGGUGACGGGGGAAAAUCAAUUGGAUAUUGAAAGCUGAAAAUUGUAAAUUGAAAUAAGAGGCCGCCUUCUGCCUCAUUCCAUCAUCAUCAUGAAGUUCUGCCUGGUGAUAACGAUGCUGGUGUCCAUUGCAUACUCCGUGGAGGUGCAUUUUGAGGCACCGGACAGUGGAUUCUUCCUGAAGCAUGCCCGCCAACCACCUGUGACGCCGGAAAUAGCCAACAUACAGCAGACAUCGUCAUCGCCGCCAUUGAAGGCGCGCUCCUCCUACGAUUCGGUGCUCUCGCUGGAUCGCUUCACGGUGGUGGAGACCACACAGCCGGUGUCCAUACGCGCCAGCUAUGGUCCAUUCUCCACCAAGCAGACAGUGCCGGCUCGCUACAUUGUGCCGGACACAAUGGACAACAACAACAAUCAGAAUGGCAACAACAACCAGGGAGGAGGAGACUACAUGAACAACUCCACCGCCACGCUGCUGGAGCUGCAGCAGCCGAAUAUGCAUCUGGAUAUCUCGGCACAUUUGGUUAGGGCGAGCGUGUCGCAGGAUUCGCCCGUGCUGCGUGUCCUCUUCCAUGCUGGCGCCGAUCCCGGCGGUCAUCUGCAGCGUCAGAAGGUGUGCGUUCUGCUGCAUGUGGCCAUGGGCGCGGAGCAGCCGCUGAAGGGUCGCUGCAUGCCCGAUGGCGAGGAUGGGGUGUGUGUGGCCGAGGUGGUGGUGCCCCUCAGCUGGUGGCCAGCGAUUCCGGCGCCACAGCGCAAGGACAACGCCCCAGCACUGCCGCCCAAGGUGCCGCAACGCUAUGCGCAGGUCUCGUACAGCGUCUUUGAGCCACCGCUGCGCAACCCGGAGCAGUGCGAACCAAAGGUCCAGAUCCAGCCACUGACCACAUUCGCACAGGUGCCCCUGAUGCCCGCCAAGACGCCGUUCAAGGAGCUGCGCGCCGACGAUUCGGUCACUUUCCUGCUGCCCCAGCAUCCGCUCUAUCCCAUGUCCAAGCUCCAUGUCCCCGUCUUUCUGCACCAGUAUGUGGAUCAGCGGGUGGCCGCCUUCACCGUGCGUGCGCGUGUCAAGGCUGGACUGCGGAUCAUGGGCGCCACCGCCUCCACCGAUCAGUGGAGCGUAUCGAUUGAGAAGGAAAAUCCCAAACACACCACCGCACGGGUCACAGCGUUCCGCAAGGAGCAGGAAUCCAGCAUGGAAUCGGCCAUGGCUGGAAAUCUGACCAACGAAUCGUUCGAGGUCUUCUCCUGGCUUCUGGAGGUGGCCGAGGACACCAACGACAUUGUGGAUGGCGGCAAGAUCGUGUGGUCUGUCACCCAUGUCUAUGACACGCCCAAGGACAAGGACUCCAGCGAACUGAUUGCCACAGAUGACACAAAGAAGCGGCUGAUUGCCAAGCUGGAGAUCAACAAGGAUGACAUUCAGGCGGUGCUGCCAAUGGCCAAGAUCUGGGAGGUGAUGAACACGGCCGUUCUGACCGGCCGCCAAGUGGCACAGGCCAUGAAGGUUUUCAUUGUCUCCCAAGCGGGCAAGGUGGCCGAUGUGACGCUCCAGAGUUCCUGUCAUGCGGAGGACGAAAGUGUGAUUAAGGUUUCCUCCUCCUGCAGUUCGGUCUAUGUGGAUGGCUCGGAGCAGCGCGGCUCCUCCAAUGCCUCGGUUAUUGUCAAAUAUGGCACCUAUGUGGGCAUUGCAAAGUUCAUUGUUUGGAUGCCCGAAUUCCCGCUGGAGGUCUAUAUAGCCGACUAUCGCUUAUCGCAGAUCAAGGGCUGGAAAGUGACGGAUGAUAAUCAUUAUCUACACAACAAACAAUCGCGUCGCCGCAAGAAGCGCUCGUAUGUGUGGGGCCAAAGCCAGGGGCAGCAUGGCAGCAAUUAUUACAACAAUCUGGGAGCGGACAAGACCAUCUGUCGUGCACGCUAUCAGCAGAGUCCCGUGGAGGUCUAUGCCAAGUUCUUGGCCGUCGAUCAGAACUCGGGACGCACCAGCUACUUCAUCUCCAGGCGAACAGGUCUACGGGUCACGGACCUUGUGCAGCCGCUGCUGCGCGUGGCUGAUCCCAAGAUUGCCUCGCUCAAGGGUCGCAUACUGCAGGGCAAGUCCAUGGGUCGCACCGAUGUGCAGGUUCUAUCGCCCAUCACUGGCCGCGUAAUUGGCACCAAGGAGAUUCGUGUGGGCAGCGACAAGGUGAAUCUCUCAAAGCUGAUUGUGCGCGUGAUUUCGGGACUGCAACUAACGAUCACGCCGGACAAUACCAUUGAGAAUGGCUACCUGGCAGAGACCUCUGUGACCCACAAACUGACGGCACAGUAUCAGGAGGGGCUGCUCGACAUCGAUCUGGAGUUCAAUGAUGGCUCCAAGACGCCUCUGAGGGACAUUGCUGUGGAGGACUACUUCCUGCUGGUGGAGAGUCUUGAUACUGAGGUGGUGGCCUUUGCUCCCAUGCUGGCCUCCCAUCAUCCGCGUGUGAUUGCUGUGGGCGAGGGCAAUGGCAAUCUGCUGCGCGUCACACUGCUGCUCUCCGAGGAGUGCCGCACGCGCAGGAGCACGCUGGGCACCGGCAAACAGAACAAAUCGAAUGUGGCACCGCUGGCCAGUGCUUUGGCCUCCAUCGAAGUGGACUUUAACAAUGUGGACAUUGUCAGCAAACAGGAGGCCAUACAAAACGAUGGCACUGUAGGCCGUGGCGAGCGCAAGAGUUUCCGCCAAACCGCUGGCGAUCUGGCGGACAUUAUUGUUGGAAUACCUUUACGUGACUCUAGCCAGCAGUAUGAGCCCACGGUACAGGCACGACAACAUCGCGGCAGCAGCAGCAUUCAGGCAUCGCAUAAGAAUCAUUUUAAUGGCAAAGGUGGCAUCGGCGGCACUGGCCCCAUGUCCUCCAUGGAGCUGGGCAUGUAUGUCCUGCUGACCGCCUUCUGCUUUGCCAUCAUUGUGUUUGUAAUCUCGUGCGUGGUGUAUGCCUCCAAAUUUCGACCCGCAUUAAUUGAGUCCGGUCUGGAUCCACUGUCGGUGGGCAAGGGCAAUGGGGGAGCUGGUGGCAUGUCUGGCGGUGGUUUUCGGGAUGUACGCCUCAAGGAGUCCACCACAAAUGCCCAUGACUGGGUCUGGCUGGGACGCUCCACCAUCGAUAGGCAGUCGGUGGUGGCCGAAACCAACACACAUUUGAAUGCACGAGAUUCCCGCAUGCGCAUUACCAGCAAUCCGAUCAUCAACUACGAUAAUGGACGUCGCGUCAGCUCCUUUGAUCAGCAGCCCAAGCUGCAAACGCACAUUGUGCCAGCUUCGAAUUUGAAUAAACAGCAUGCAGAUCACUAUCUGGCCAAUGAGCGUAAGGAAUUGCCUGGAGUAGCCCUGGACUAUAAGCCGCCAGUGCCGCCGCAUAGGAAUGUGGGUGCGAGAGCGUGUCUGCCGAUUGUACAGCCAGCAGCAGCAGCAGUUGCUGCAGCUUCAACUCCAGUUCCAGUAAAGGAGGUGGCCAAUAAGCGUCAUAGUCAGCUCUAUAAACGGGAGCACUUGCAGAGCAACAACAUUCUCAUCAACAAUAAUAACAACAAUAACAACAGCAGCAGCAGCAGCAAUAGCGAUAAUAACAACACAAAUCAGCAACAGCAGCAACAACAGCCGAAACAACAGCCACUGGAACGUCCGCAACAUCAGCGCAGUCAUAGCCAUAGCCAUGGCCACAAUUUUAGCCAGGAGCCAGCUGGUGCCAUCAUCAAGGCGGCACACAAUAAAAUCAAGCAACAGCAGCAGCAGCAACUGCAGCAGCACCAGCAAGAGCUGCACAACGCAGAGAAGCUGGUGGAGUACACAAAUCCACAUCAGAAGAAUGCAUUUCAAUUCGAUUCGCUGACACCAAAGAGAGUAACCAAAGCAGCAGCAGCCAUGUCCACAGCCAUACAAAAAGCCAAGGAGAACCAUAGCAUGGUGAGCAGCACUGGGGAUGCGGCCAAUUCGAAUGGCAGCGAUGAGAUAAUGCGGCUGCCAUCGACUGCCAGUGGCAGUGCCAACAGUCAUGUGCCCGUGCCGGUGCCCACAACAAAAUCAUCGCGCGUUAAGCGUGCCACCGUUGUGGGUAAUCCGAUGUUCUCCGCCACCGUCGAUGAUACCGAGACACCCGGUGAGCGUCUAGGUUUGGAUGAUCUCGAUAUGGAUUACGAACAGAUCAUGCAUUACUUUGAUAAUUUAAAGGAAUCAAAUGCCUGAGUGCAAGAGAUCAUUGCUAAAAUUCGCGAAAUAUUGUCAACGUUCCAUCAGCAAUAUCAGAAUGUGGCCACGCCCAUGACAACGCCUACGCGCAAACAGAUGCAAAUGCUCGAUGAGCUGGUAGCCGCAACAACAACAACAACAGCAACCAGCUCAAUCUCAUCAUCAUCAUCGUCACUGAAGUUCGAGGUUGGUAAUGUUGAUGCUGAAGCUGAAGCUGAAGCUGUGGCAAAUACAGCCUUCGAUGCCUACGAUGGAGCACUGAAUAUCGAGAGCAGGCAGUUCUAGGGACAAAGCAAACCCAACACACAGAAACACACAAAAAAAACGGCAUCUGAACGCAAUUCUAGCAAUAACUUUUUCUUAAUGGAGCAACAACACAAUCCCGCGCCACACCCAGGGCUAAAUGGCGCUUAAGCAAAUGCUGAAAUUUGAAUCAAGGAGCAGCAUGGAAAGCAACGGAAUAGGAGGAGGAGUACGAGGAGGAGGAGUAGGAGCAGUGCAAGCAACACAACAAAAACAACAAACCCAUAUUUAUUGCUAGGCUAAGUUCAUAUUUAAUGCAUAUAUAGCUAUAUACUAUAUGUAUAUUUAAUGUGGGAGAUACGAAUCCCAAAUGUAUCUCGAGGAGCGCGUGCUUGACACAAUCGGAAUACACAUAGAGACACACACACACACACACAAAAUGGUACAUGCACAUAACUCAUGGAUGCAGCAUAACCCUCAACCUCCCAACCUCGCUCCCCACGUAUAUAUAUACACACGAUGUAGUUAAGGAUCAGCCAUCAAAAGCAUAGCUUAAUCCAAAAACAAAAACAUAAAUGCCAUUUUUUCACUCUGCUUCAGCAUCUAGAUAAUUGCCAUAUCCAUUCGCUGCUUUAGUUUUCACACACAAACACACCACACUCACAAAUCACACGAUCUCUCGGUACACCGAUCAUUGUAUACAUACCGAUUGCAUAUCCUACAAAUUGUAAUACUUCUCUCGUCGAAUCAACAUGAAAGAAAGUCUCUCUCUUUAGUGCGUAUGCCAUAAGAUAGAAAAGGAAAGAGAGCUAGUUUAAUGACAGAGAGAGAGAGAGAGAUAGAGAGAACAAAUAAGAGAAGUUUCCACAAAAUGUGCCGGGCACCGCUCCCAAAAGUCGCUAGAACUUAAAAACUGAAUAAUAUAUAAAUAUAUAUGUACACGAUAAAUAUAUGAAUAUAUAUUUAUGAUUAUAUUAAAAUGCGCGCUAACUAACAAAAACACACACACCACACACACACACACACAACAACAACUAAAAGCAAACUUAAAGAAAAAGCUACAAUACAAAAAACUGGACAAGCAUUAGCCGUGUUUCCGGUUUCCGGUGUUAGGAAAACAUAAAACCCAUUGCUUUAUCACGUUAAAAAGAAUACCAAUCAUAAAUCUUAAAAUCAAAAUUGCAAAACAAAAAUGAACACACACAAACAACAAACAAAUGGAUAUAUAGACGCUUAUGAGCUUUAUUUGAUCGAUUCAAUGCAUUGAGAAGAAAGUAAACGAAAUGAAGGGAACGUAAUGUAACAAAUAAAAAAACAUAUGGAUGAGGGAAAUAUGUAACCAAAUAUUAUAUGAUAUUACUGAGCGAUCCAAGCUUUAUCUAACAAAUUUACCAAUAUUUAGAGCAUACGAGAAAAUAUUUAUUAUUAUCAUUAUAAUUAUUAUUCUAUUAUUAUUGCCAUUAUUAUGAUUACGAUUACGAUUACGAUUAUUGUAUUUAUUAUCAAGUGCAAAAUUCAAACAAAACAACUGAAGGAACCCCCUUCCUAAGCCAUAUUUUGAAUAGCAAAAUUACACACACACAAAGUACAUGUGCAUAUAUAUAGAUAUAGAUAUAUAUUCAUUCACGAGCUCUCUUUAAUACCUACGCAUACGUGUAUAUCUUUGUAUCUAUGUGUAAAGCUGCAUCCUAUCUAUUCGUUUAUUCACGACCGACCUCUACACCACUAACUUCUAGAUGUAUACGGAUAUACAUGCAUAUAUCAUAGCACACGCAAGAGCUACUUCAUUCCAUUAGCAAAUCAUAAAUCAUAGACAUAAUAUAUUCUAGUAUUCGUAUCUCUAGUUUUUUUUUUCUAUUUUGUCUGUCUGUCAAUUGUCUUCUGCUUUAUAAGUCUGUUCAAUUUCGUUUGUAAGAUCUGUUUUAAUGUGUACUACAACUACUUCUAUUUCUAUAUAGAGUAUACAUAUAUACAUAAAUAUUUAUGAAAUGCAUGUUCACAGUGUCACGUCUUUAGUUUAUAGUUUAGAGGCCAUCUAAGUAUUACGUUCUUGUGUUCUACACACACACUCACACACACACCACACAUCAUUGUUUCAUAAUCAUAUGUUGUAAAUUGUUCCGUCCAAAAAACAAAAACAAAAAACAAAGCUGAAAUGAAAUGAAAAUGAUAAAUGG